ACUCCCGACUCUGCCUCCCGACUCGGGAAGGGCUCCCCUUCCCGGGCUGAUUGGCUGACUUCCUGCGCUGGGAGGCUGCUGCUGGUCCUUGAGGUCGGGGUGGGGGCGGCCGUCCUGGAUGCUCUGGGGCCUCUGGAGACUUGUCCCACCGCCGGGACCCAGCUUCCACACCCGAGCGCCCAGCUGCCGGCCUUGCGUUCCGCCCUCUCGGCUCCUCCCAGUGUCAGAGCUAGAAAGUGCCCUGCAGAUGGAGCCAGCCGCCUUCCGGGCUCUGUACUCCGCCGAGAAGCCAAAGCCGGAGGAUGAGAAUCUGGUGUUCUUCUGUCAGAUUGGCAAGCGGGGUUUCCAGGCCACGCAGCUGGCCCGGGGCCUUGGCUACACAGGGGCUUGCAACUAUACCGGGGCCUACAGAGAAUGGCUGGAGAAGGAGGGCUAGGUAGGAGGCGGCCUGCUGAGUGCCUCCCCCACCCCCUGGAAUGGUGACCAAAAGGUGAAAAAGGGGCUGACUUGCUGGGUUGGGCAACUCCUUCCAGUGCUGUGCGCCCAAAAGCGACCAAUAAAGAGCAUUCACUCAAAGUA